AUGGAGCAGAUCUAUGAGAAACACAAAGAAAUCUUCUUGUAAGUUAAACAAUCAAAUGAAAUGAAGAAUUUAUUUUGAGUUUUUUUAUUUUACAGGAAUGUUGUUCUUCCAACAAUUCCCGAUGACAAAUACGUACUGUAUGAAAUGGUUUUAGAAGUUAUGACAGAUAAAUUGGAAGCUGCGUUUCCUGGUCAAACAAAUUUGCUAACUGGAUAUAAUCCAUUUAGAAUGAUCGAAUUUGAGAAUCAACAUCUCGAUAUCAUCACACAAGGCGGUGUCGAACUAGUGAAAAGAAGACAAACACCAAAAGAGCCUGAAGAUCGUGAUCCAAGACGUCAAAAAGUUAUUGAAAACUUUGAAGUUGCUCUCGCUGAAUGUAUGAAUGCUGGUGUUCUUGAAUGGAAUCGUUUGGCGAAAAAAGAGAAUGGAUGUUCGGAGUUCUGUCACAAUUAUGUCAAACAAAACAUCGGAAAAUUCAUCAAAAAGGAAGAGUGAGUUGAGGUUUUUGAACAAAAAAAAAACUUUUGAGCGAAUAUCUUUCAGUAACUUGCCAGAUGACGCUUUUAUGCAAAAGUGCCUCGAAAUGUGGAAAGAUGUCAUAGACGGUAUAUGA